AGAAUUAUAUUAAUAAUAAUGAUAGAGAAGGUAGAGUGUGGAGGCGCAAACAAAGAAGAAGAGAAAGAAAGAACCGAUCGAUCGAGCAAUCAAUUCAAUCAAAUAUCAAUGGCGUCAAAAGUAGAAGAGAGCAAUGGAGGAGAAGGUAAAGGAAGUGAAAAUUGGGUAGAGGAUUUGCAGCGUACGGUCAUUGAAUCAAAGGACUCGGCCAUUCGCUCUGCUCGUUCCCUCCAUCAAAAUUCAUCUUCCCGUCUUCGCUCCUUACAGGAUCAUGUCCCUCAAGCUCUUUCCCUCUUCAGAACUUAUGAAGAUUCCUUUUUUAAUAAAAUUAAAGAGGAGUUGAUGAUUGCGAGGGAGCAUCCUGUUGAGGUUGUUGGUGUUGCUGUUACAGCCGGUUUCCUUCUUAUGCGAGGUCCAAGAAGGUUUUUGUUUCGUCAUACAUUUGGUCGAUUUCAAAGUGAGGAGGCCAAAUUUCUUAAAACUGAAAAGAAUGUGAAAGAGUUGAAUCUCUCUGUAGAUUUAAUGAAGAACGAGAGCAGAAAAUUACUUGAAAGAGCAUCUCUUGCCGAAAAAGAUAUGAAACAUGGCCAUACUGAGCUGAUGGAUGCUGGGAGUCAAAUUCAACGUCUAGCUAAGUCAAUUUACAAAGUUGAAACCCAAGUUGCAGGUUUAAUGGAUGGGCUACGAGAAAUCCCAGGAAGAGAUGCGUUAAAACUUCGAGCAGAAGUUGCUACUAUGGCAUCAGCUUUGAAGAAGCAUAAGAGCGUGCUUGACAAACGUAUUAUGAAGAUUUCAGAACUUGGAAUUCCUGUUUGAUAGCAUACAAUGACUGUGAGGCCACCACAUGGUGUAUUUGUAAAUUUUUGCUCAAGUCCAUUUCCUGGUAUGAGGCACCAAAGCAUGUUCAGGACGAGAGAACAUGGGAUAUUUUUUUAUCUAAAGUUACAAUGGCACUAGAAUUACUGGUGCUAGUUUCAAAUGGUUCA